AUGUCAUCAUAUCAUGGUGGCAAUGACAUGCCCCACGGGGCCUCUGUCACUUCGCCUGUCCUCAGUGAGGCACAGAGCCAGCUCGGACAAACCGAGGAAAACCACGCCAGGACACAGCGGGAUCUGCAAAAUCUGAUGCGAAUCCGAGCAAGUACGCAGAUGUCCACAGCGCAGUACGAGCAAAUGGAAAGAGAGAUUGCACGUCUCCAGCAGGAGCUGAGACGAAUGCAAGAAGAAAUGCAAAGAAUGCGACUUACAAUUUCUCAGCAAGAAGCCACCAUUCGAAACCAGAGCACAGCCCUUCAACAACUGCCAAGACAACAUCAUGAGGCCACAAACCUCAAUUCAAGUGCGUAUGGAAACACUCAAUCAUACGGCACGAUGCAUGGCAGGAACCAAAGCCAGCAGAUGGCGCUGCCGGCUCAACCAAUGCUUCCUCAAAACACACCCGGCAACUUCGCACAACAACAGCAAUCUCUCUCACACGUGCCGUCAGUUCCUGCACGAGGACGACAACAACAAGGCAUUCAACAAACACCAUACGGCCAUACUCGCAGCCAAACAUUUGGCACGCCAAUGACAAGACAACCAGGCUCACAACAGCCAAUGCCACAAGGUGGUGGCAGACAUGGACAACCUAGCGUCAAUCAAUUCGGGUCUCCUGAACCAAGACCAUUCAACACCAACGCUGGUCGCCAAGUCCCGCCACAGACACCACGAGUCGGCAACCCACGUCAGAGCAGCCAAUCAUCAGCAAACAGAAACGCUCGAAGCACUCCGAGCAGUCAAGCCGUGCAGCAGCCAGCCUUGCAAGACAACUCAAUGGCUCUAGUCACGAUACCUGAAGUCAGUGGAACACCAUCAGUCAAGGAGCAAUUCCAAAAAGUCUGGUAUAUGGCAGAAAGAUACUGCUGGGCACAUGUCAACCAUGUAAGCACACAGAAGGACGGCAACAUGCCACAGGCAGUCAAGGACAGGAUAGUCCAAACUGCAGCGCCAGUACACGCAUACCCACUGAUGGGUUCACCAUUGACUCGGUACAUGAUGGCCACCAAGGUUGUAGUGCAAUGGAUCAUAAAGAACAUCCUGAAGCACGAUAGCUUCCGAGGGUUUGAUCUCGAGGUAGAUGCGGCCAUUGAGGCCAACAAGAACCAGAUCUACCAAUCAACCCCAGCACAAGUCAAGUACCAGCUGCUCAACAACAUCGGAUACCAGAUGUCUGUCCUCCAGAAGAAGCCCGGUUUCGACGGAUUCGUCAAUCACCUCGCCCGAGACCGCGGCAACCAGCUCUGGCAGAUCAUCAAUCCGAUGAUGCACGAAAGAUCAUCAUGCGACUGGGAAGACUUGCACCUCCUCAUGACCGAGGCACAUACGCUUGCACAACUGAUGUUCUCCGGAGCAGACCAGUACCGAUUCGAGACGCCAAACGGCAAUGACAUGUUCAACAAGACCACCAUGGUGCCGAGAUUUUCGGAACCAUCCAAGGGCAUGCAAGCGGAGCAGCUGGAGGCACGGGGUAUGAGAAUCAAGCUUGCACUAACUCCAGAAGUCAUAUGCAAGACAAGCACACCACUGGGACUGGUCAGCGAGACGACCAUUCUGCAAGCAUACGUGCUGAUUGCAUAA